AUGGGGUUCGGUCAAUUUGAUUCAAUAUGCGAGAAAACGCCUAUGCCGCUAUGCCUCUUAGUAGGCCCAGCGUCGUCAAUUUCCGGGGCGACAGGCAUCGUGUCCAACUGCUAUGCCCGCAACAUCGAAGUCGCCAACACUAUGAUCUUUGAAGGAGCCGCCUCUUUCAUGCAUAUUAUCGCGCUCGCUAUGACAGUGAUCAUGAUCUUGCAUAUUCGAUCCAAAUUCACCGCUGUCGGUCGCAAGGAAAUCAUUACCUUCUUCUAUCUCUAUCUGGCUCUCACUAUCGCUUCGCUGAUCAUUGAUGCGGGUGUCGUUCCACCGAGGAGUGGCCCGUUUCCCUAUUUCGUAGCAAUCCAAAAUGGCUUAGUAUCAGCGUUGUGUACUUGUCUAUUGGUCAACGGCUUUGUAGGCUUUCAGCUGUACGAAGACGGCACCGCAUUAUCUGUGUGGCUGAUUCGAGUUCCGUCCGCAAUCAUGUUUGCCAUGACCUUUGUCAUAUCCCUGCUGACCUUCAAGUCAUGGGGUGGUCUAGGGCCCCAAAACACAGUCGGAAUGUUUGUGGUGCUUUACCUAUUGAACGCCAUAGCCAUAGCCAUCUAUAUCGGCAUGCAACUCUUGCUUGUGGUUAACACAUUGGAUGACCGUUGGCCACUUGGGCAUAUCCUUUUCGGACUAGCCGUCUUUAUUAUCGGCCAGGUACUCCUGUAUGCAUUCAGUGACCUGAUCUGCAACAAUGUCCAGCACUACAUGGAUGGUUUGUUCUUUGCCACCUUCUGUAACCUUCUUGCGGUCAUGAUGAUUUACAAGUUCUGGGAUUCAAUUACCAAAGAGGAUCUUGAAUUCUCUGUUGGAGUCAAACCGAACACGUGGGAGGUCAAAGAACUACUUCCGGACGAAGACCGACGCCAAACUGUCUAUCAAGAUAAUAAUUCAGAAUAUGCCGGCAGCAUGUACGGACACCAUCGAGCUUCGAAUUAUGGACAUCAUAAUUACUAG